UGCUGGCAAGGCUGCUGCAGGGGGCUGCGUCGUGCAGCGCAGCGGGAGGAAAGACUCCAGCUGCCCACAACGUCCCCUCCUCCCCCGCGUCCCUUGAGCGCUCCUUGCUGGCCCUGGCACCCUCGCUCGCUCCGCCGCCUCUCGCGGCGUUGACCUCAUCUCGGCAAGUCCUGCUGGAGCCUGGGUGGACGUGGUGGGAGGGGGCAGCGGGAGGAGGAGGGCUCAGCCAGCUCCCGUCCCCAUUGGAGAACAAGCCGCGACAGCUCCAGCGGGAGACGGGGCUAAAGAGGCUGAACCUGCCCCCCGGACUCCAGGGAAGCCUGAAGUUUUAAAGUGAGAACUUUCUUCUGGCAGGGCUUCAGAUUUGAGGGGAAUCCCGGUCUCUCCCUUCUCCUUCCCCCCUGGGCGGGCUGUACAAUCCUCGGCAGUGUCCUGAGACUGUAUGGUCAGCUCAGGGGCGACCUGGCCAGGAUUGCUUCAGCCUUUUCCUACAGGACAACUGGUGCACCAGCGUUGCUGUCAGCUGCGAGAGCGCGAGCCAUUCCCCGGCCUUCCCACCUCCACGCCUGGGAUCUCUAGGCUGCUGGGUGCUUUUUGGAGGCAGAGGGGAUCGGCAAGCAGGACACCCACAGCCGUGACCGAGGGGCCCAGGUUGGCAGCCCGAGUUGGUUUAAGCGACACAACGAGCAGCAGCCUCAGUAAUGACAGCUGACAAGGAAAAGAAAAGGAGCAGCUCAGAAAGGAGGAAGGAGAAAUCAAGAGAUGCAGCAAGGUGCAGAAGAAGCAAGGAGACUGAAGUAUUCUAUGAAUUAGCUCAUGAACUGCCCUUGCCCCACAGUGUUAGUUCACAUCUGGACAAGGCAUCCAUAAUGCGUCUGGCAAUCAGUUUCUUACGCACUCACAAACUGCUGUCCUCAGUAUGUGCUGACAAUGAGAGUGACCUAGAGACAAACCAGCAGAUAGACAACUUGUACCUGAAAGCUUUGGAGGGAUUUAUUGCUGUGGUGACACAGGAUGGAGACAUGAUCUUCUUGUCAGAGAACAUCAACAAAUACAUGGGCCUCACGCAGGUGGAAUUAACUGGACAUAGCAUAUUUGACUUUACCCACCCAUGUGACCAUGAGGAAAUUCGAGAGAAUCUGAGUUUGAAAACUGGUCCAGGCUUUGGAAAGAAAAACAAAGAGAUAUCCCCAGAGCGUGACUUCUUCAUGAGAAUGAAAUGCACUGUUACCAACAGAGGCAGAACUGUGAACCUCAAAUCCGCCACAUGGAAGGUCUUGCACUGCACUGGACAAGUUAAGGUGUAUAACACUUGCCCUCCUCACACCCUGUGUGGGUAUAAGGAGCCUCUCCUCACCUGCCUUAUAAUAAUGUGUGAACCUAUUCAGCACCCAUCAAGCAUGGAUAUCCCACUGGACAGCAAGACUUUCUUGAGUCGCCAUAGCAUGGACAUGAAAUUUACCUACUGUGAUGACAGAUGUUUGAAUUCUCAGAGAAUGAAUGCAAGGGCUGGGACUAGUGAUACCCUGCCUCCCAGCAGUGAAGAGUGGACUGAAUGUGAAACACACAGAAUUACUGAAUUGAUUGGAUACCACCCAGAAGAGCUACUGGGCCGUUCUGCAUAUGAAUUCUAUCAUGCCUUGGACUCAGAAAAUAUGACUAAAAGCCAUCAGAACUUGUGUGCAAAAGGUCAAGUAGUAACUGGCCAGUACCGAAUGCUUGCAAAGCAUGGUGGAUACGUAUGGCUGGAGACGCAGGGAACUGUCAUUUACAAUACACGCAACCUACAACCUCAGUGUAUUGUCUCUGUCAACUAUGUACUGAGUGAAAUUGAGAAGAAUGACAUUGUAUUCUCAAUGGACCAGACGGAAUCUCUGUUUAAGCCUCACCUGCUGACAAUGAAUACUAUUUUUGAUAAUGGGGUCCCAGUGACUGAGAAGAGUGACUUCUUGUUCACAAAACUGAAGGAAGAACCGGAGGAGCUUGCUCAGUUGGCACCCACACCAGGCGAUGCCAUUAUUUCUCUGGAUUUUGGGACACAGAAGUUUGAGGAAGCCUCUGUCUACAACAAGGCUGUUGUUUUGACUUUAAACAAACAGUGGCCAGUGGAAGUGAAGACCCAUACUCCCCAAAGUGAAAAGCUGACUAUGCCAUCAUUUACUGUGCCCCAAGUUGCACCAGGCAGUAGUACUCCAAGUGCAAGUAGCAACAGCAGCUGUUCAACGCCAAGCAGCCCAGAAGACUAUUACAGCUCCUUAGAUGAAGAUCUUAAGAUUGAGAUGAUUGAGAAGCUCUUUGCCAUGGACACAGAGUCAAAGAACCAGUGCAACUCUCAGACUGAUUUCAAUGAGCUGGAUCUUGAAACCCUGGCUCCUUACAUUCCCAUGGAUGGGGAAGAUUUCCAGCUGAGUCCAAUCUGCCAAGAAGAAGGUCCUCUCCCUGAAAAUGCACAAAACACCCAGCAAAGUUUAAGUAGCAUGAGUACCAUUUUCCAGCCCCUUGCUCCUGCCUCUCAGAAUCAGUUCCUCUUGGAGAAAUACUGCCAACAGAUGUCAAAUAAAAAUAUGAACCCUGGUCAUGGACCUCUGUCAUCUGUGUCCUUCAAUGCCGUGAACAAGUCCUCCCUGCCACCAUACCAUGCGCAAGCCAGCACCCCACUGGCUUCAAUGGUUGGAAGACCAAGCAGCCAGUGGCCACCUGAUCCACCAGUACAGUAUGUUCCUGCUAAGUGGAGACUAAUGGAUAAAUACUGUGGGUCCUUAGCAAGUUCAUCAUCAUCAUCACUGCACUCUCCCAACAUGUCGUUAUAUAAGAAAAGAUCACUGGACAGUUUUGAGCAACGGGGCAUAGAUAUAAACCCUGCAAGAAUUGCUCUUGCCAACAGUUUGAAACUGAAGCGACAGAUGGAUUAUGAAGAUCAAACAUUUCAACAGCUGAGUGGGGCGGAUUUGUCAAUGAUGAACCCAUCUCAUUUAAUGUGGAAAAGGAUGAAAAUUCUCAAAGGUGAAAAUUGUUCAUUGGUUACUGAAAAGAAGUCCCUCAGCACAAGUGUCCUUACUGAUGAGUUUAUUCGUAACUCACAGAGAGGUCUGAGCCAACCAAUGAACCAACUGCAGCAGCGACAGCAGCAAUCCUCCUGUGGAAGCCCUGGUGAUAAUCAGAAAGCAGCGUUCUCCCCUCAGUUUUACAGUUCCCAUUAUCAGAACUUCAAUGUUCAACCAACUCAUAAAAAGUCAGGUGUGACAAGUCGUCUGCUUGGGCAGUCUUAUGAACCCUAUUUGUUGCCUGAAUUGACCAGAUAUGACUGUGAGGUGAAUGUCCCUGUUUUGGGCAGUUCUACACUUCUGCAAGGAUGUGAUUUGCUCAGAGCUCUUGACCAGGCAACCUGAGUAACCUUGCACUAUUCCUUGGCCUAUACUGUUCAAAACAGCUUCAGUUUUUAAAUAUAUUUUUUCAAGUAGAUAAUUUCUAAUAUCCAAUACACUUUUACAAGAUUUUACUUAUGUAUUGAACUUGUCCACAUUACCAAAUAGUGGCCUUUUUGAAGUUACUCACUUUAUUAUUCUUAUUAAAAAUAUACAUCUACUGUAUUUUUCUCUAUUUCAAUAAAAGUGUUCUUUAGAAAAUUUAUAUUAUUUCCCCUCCUGCCUGACUUGUAAUUUAUAUUCUCUGACGUUUUCUUCAGUAUUCAUGCUAACUAAACUGUGGUGUAAAUGUCUCUCUAAUACUUUGGCUCCUGUACUGCAAAGAUUGAUUUUUAUUGCCAAAGAUAAAUGAAAACAAACAAAAAAAUCUGCUUUCCAACCACAGUUUGUGUUGACCUUCUAAAUUAAAAUGCUCCAUGCCCCUAUUGUGUUUGUAGUCUCUAUUUCCCAGCACUAAUCAUAUUGUAAAUGUUAACAUCUUUGGGGAAAAAAAUAAGAAACCUCACACCACCACUUUCUGACUUUCUCUCCCUAAAUCAGAUACUAUUUGCUGAAAGAAAUGUGAAGGGUGAACUGCAGAGUUUGUGGGUACCUGCGAAAGUUGCACACCGUAGCUUUGUUUCCCUAACAUGGGCUAGAUCCUCAACUGCUGAAACUGGUGCUCUAUUGCUGUAUAGAGAGCUACACUGACAUAUGCUAGCAGAGGCUCUGCACCUAGGUUUUCAUUUGUGAUGGGGUUUCAUGGGGUUUUUUUGGAGGGGGCGGUAUUUCUUUUCUUUUUUUUACACAAAAUGUAAAUGAAUCUUUGAAAUUUCUGUUUGGGUUAUUAUGUAUUGGUACUUUUGUUAUGGCUAAGACAUAGAACCAUACCUACUUUUUAAGAGCUGUUUUUGACGAGCGUUGGGAACACUCAGGAUGGUGUUGCCAAUAUUGCAGGACUGUAAGAAUUUGUCCAAAGGCCAGUACUAACACUGCUAAUUACCAAUUAAGUUGACCUUUUUUGUGCGUGCAUUUUAUUUGCUAGCUAGCAACAUAAUCCACACUCAUGAAACAUUAAAAAUAAAAGUUAAAAUAGUAUUUCCACUUGCCUACUUACCUUUGCCUUUUACUGAGUUACCCUAGUGAAAAUAAGAUGUUAAGAGUGUUGGGCUGGGAGGGUUUUCUUUAGUGUUUUAGCUUUCCUUGUAUUGUUGAUAGCCUUUCAAGUAUCUUACAGUAUGUCAUUGUAAGGCAAUCGGACAUCUUCAGAACCACCAUAAAAACAACUCCUUGUUAUCAUGAAUUUAUUUAAAGGGCAAGGAUUCAGUUUAGUCCCCAGAAACCUCUUUGCCUUUGCUGGAAAAUAAGAAUAAUGGUAUUGCUCUUUAAGGUCUAGAUGUUCAGUGGAAAACCAGGAAAGGAAGGGCAAAUCCCCGAUAGCAGAUGCGAGGACAAACUAUUUCCUCUUGCCCCUAAGCUAACAUCCUCUGCUGAUGUAUAUCAGUGCCAGUUUACAGCAGCUGAAAAUCUGGCCCUUAAAGUUUCCCCAAACUCAGAGCCAUUCUACUCAGACUUCCAACUCCACUGAAGUCUAUGUUCCAUCAAAUCCCUUUGUACUAUGCACUAACAUUUGCAGGUAGGGAGCAUUGCGUUCAUUGAGCACUUCAGAGCUCAUUGUGUUUAAGUGAUACUUAACCUUACUGUCUUACACACUGAAAAAAUAAUUGAAAACCUUUUCUGUUGUUGAUACAUUUAAAAAAAAGUUAUUAGUGUCCCUCAGUACCUUUAAGAACUUUUUACCAAAAAUAAGUUACUUUUAAAAGUAACCUAUUGCUAUGUGAGAAAAAAAAGGUGUAAGCAUCUAAUGAUACUUAGCAAAGCAGCUUUGAUAAAUCUGCAGUGGUAAUAACUUGAGUGCUUGAAGGGUUAAUGACACUUAAAUAUUGCUCUUUUAUUUUUUUUGGUUGUGUACUUUCAGCAUUAAAGAUGUUAUACCAUAAGUUUACUAGACACUCAAAUAUUCCAUGCUUCAUAUUAACCAAACGUAGCAGCAUUAUUUUAUGAUCUUUAUUUCUGAAUUUUUAUUGACAAUAUAAUGACUGUAUGGGAACUUUAACUUGAUACGGAAAUGUAUUUUGACACUGAUACCUUAUUAAAGUAUACUGAUCCUAAA